AUGGCCAGCAAUCGAUACACCUUGGGCAUUGCCCUAUUCGCCUCUCUGGGCACAUUCUUAUACGGAUACGAUACGGGUAUCGUGACAACCACUAUCGCCCACCCGAGCUGGGUCGAGUACAUGAAUCAUCCGGAUCCUGGUCUUGUUGGAGCUGUCGGCGCGAUCUACAUCGCCGGAGAAGCAUUUGGUGCUGUCUUACAAAUCCUGAUCGGGGACAAGCUGGGUCGAAUCGGUUUCAUGCAGCUGCUGUGUGUGAUUGUUACCAUUGGAUGCGUCAUCCAAACCGCAGCGGUCAACAUUGGCCAGCUGCUUGCUGGACGCAUUUUGACCGGCAUUGCAGUGGGCGCCCUUUGUGCCACCGUCCCAAUCUAUCUGUCCGAGAUCAGCAGCCCCAAGUCGCGCGGCUUAAUCGGUGGUCUCUCUGGAGUCGGUCUGUCCUGCGGCAUCAUGGUGUCCAACUGGGUUGGAUUCGCAUGCAACUAUGCUCCCUAUGGCACCUUGCAGUGGCGGCUUCCUCUCGGCCUCCAGAUCCCAUGGGGAAUAAUCAUGUUGAUUGGCCUCAUGACUUUUAUGCCAAACUCCCCCCGGUACCUGCUUCGAAAGGGUAAAGUCGAAGAAGCACGCAACGCGUUCGUCAAGAUCCGCAGUGACUUGCAUUCCCACGACGUGAUCCAAGAGUUCGGCCUUAUGAGAUCUCAGAUCGAGUUCGAGAUGGAGCGACACCUCCCGUCUCUCGGGGAAGCAUUCAAGCUCUAUCGCCAUCGGGUCUUGGUGUCUAUCGCAGUUCAGGUCCUGACAGCGGUGACUGGAGUCAAUGUCAUUCAGUACUACCAAACGACCCUCUACAAAUCUCUAGGUAUCCAAAGUCGAACUGUCCUGGCACUGACUGCGGUUUGGGGCACCUGCGCCUUCCUGUCCAGUGCCAUAUCCAUCAAGUUUCUCCCCGACAUUUGGGGUCGCCGAAAGAUGUUGCUCCUCGGGGUCGCUUGGACAAUUGUCACCGAGAUAUAUGCCGCCGUCAUGCAGCGCGAAUUUCAAGAUACAAACAACCGCGUUGGGAAGGGGUUCGCCAUUCUCGGCAUCUACGUAUUUACAGUUGGAUAUUAUAGCUUGAUCAACCCGGUAACUUGGAUCUACGGCGCUGAGGUUCUCCCCGUGUCCCUUCGCAAUAAGUUCAUGGGCGUUGCUGCCACGGCACACUACGUCGUCAAUGUCGCCAUCACCGAGGCCGGGCCCAGCGCCUUCAAAAAGAUCAGAGAGAACUACUACUACGUUUUUGUCGGUUGCUGCUCUGUGUACCUUGCCAUCAUUUACCUGUGGUUCCCGGAAACUAAGCAGAAGACUCUCGAAGAGAUCGCGGCGGCGUUUGGAGAUCACGUCGUGGAGGUCGAGGAGCGCGAGGUUCUCGCCGAAGAGGCAGCGCUAGCGACCAAGGCCGAUGAGACCAAGUCUAGCAGCACCGCGCAUGUCGAGGUCAAAGCUUAG